AUGAGUGGUCGCGGCGGGAAACUUGCCCCCGAAGUCAACCGAGCUCUGUUCAUCAAGAACUUGAGCUACAACGUUACCCCAGAGGAACUGUUCGAUCUCUUCGGGAAAUUUGGCCCUAUCCGCCAAGUACGCCAGGGCAUCUCCAAUACGACCAAGGGAACAGCCUUUGUCGUCUACGAGGAUGUAAUGGACGCCAAGCAAGCCUGCGAUAAACUCAACGGUUUCAACUUUCAAAACCGUUAUCUAGUCGUCCUAUAUCAUCAGCCCGAGAAGAUGAUCAGGUCAAAAGAGGACCUCGAGGCCCGCCGCGAAGUUUUAGCCAAGCUCAAGAAGCAGCACGGCCGGUCUCCGACGACAACAAAGUCUGCUUCGCCGGAUCCCAAGACGAUUCUACGAAACGGCACGCUGGCGGCCGACAAAACGGUCGCCAAGGGGAACAGCGCCCCACGGGCGGUUCGCUUCGUCGAUGUGGUGCGGAGUGCUCUCCAGUUGCGCGCCUGA